AUGAAGGAUAGCAUCAUCAGCCCGCCGGAGAAGGACCUGAAUUCGAUCAUGACUGUAGCUGACCAAGGUCAGGGAGGUCUCGAGGAAAAAACCCGAUCAAAUUCGACCACUCAAUUGUCGAUUGCUCUGACAAAGGACAGUCCUGCCAUCACGACUCCCAAGCGCAUCAGCAAGCGGAACCCUUCAAAAACCGCCGAGGAUGGCGCAAUGACAGGUCGCUCGCUCCUCCCAUCUGAAGUUGCCCAAGGUCAGGUUGGCCUCACAGCCAAAGCUCGAUCGAACUUGACCACUCCUUUGUUGAUCGAUCUCACCAAGGAUAAUCCUGAUCCCACGAAUACCAAGAGUCACCGCAAGCAACCUCCCCCUUCCAAAACCGCCAAGGAUGGCGCAGUGCAAGGACGGCCGCUCGUUGCCUACAACAAGAACCUCAAGGUGUCCAAGUUCCACAGGCUCUACAAGAAGGCAUGGAGGAAAGAGGUUUUUGGAAACCAGGCAUUUAUUACUUGGUCUUCUCGCACGGCGGAAUACUCUGGUCGGGCAAUCUCCAAAUGCCCUGGCUGGUGGACCGAUGUCAACAUGGAUCCAUCUUCCGACACCCAAACCUACGACAACAUCGCUGCGUUCAUCCUGACUGGCCUGAAUGUUCUAACGUCAGGCAGACAGACGGAACAACGGUUAAUGGCAAUCCCACCAGGAAUUUUCGCUCCCCAUCUGAAUCAGCAAGGCAUCACAACAAUAGAUUCGCUCAAGGAGUUCAAUGACGGCAUGCUUGAUGAUAUUCACAAGCACAUCACAAGACAUGGCCCUCCAAAUGUUGUCUUCAGUGCCCUGUCUCUUUCGCGCCUCAAGGCCGCUGCCUCUGCUGUCCGAUUUUACCUUGCUACUGGCAGAGCACUCACUGCAGCAUGUAUGAGAUGGACAAAUACACUCAUCAUGUAUCAAGAGGAGCGUGAAGCACUCAAGAUUGCUCAAGAGCGGGAGGAUCCAAAGGUACCAUGUGUCAGCAAAGCUUUGCCCAUCAUGAAAUGGCUUGCUGCCUUUAGAUCUAUCAUCCAUGAGAGCUAUGGUGUGAGAGGUUUUCCUCUUGGAUAUGUCUUGAGAGAAAACGCUGAUGUGCCAGCUGAACCACCGCUUGCUCCAGAUCGACCAUAUUCUAUUGAACAUGGAUCGCUUGUUGCCGAAUUCACUGCUAGAGCAUCCCAUACUCACCCUAGGUUUCACCAGGAUAAUGCACGAGUAUUUGCCAAGCUGGAAGAAGCGCUACGCGGGACGACUUAUGCUUCGUCUCUCACCCCAUUUGAGCAGACAAGAGAUGGAAGGGGCGCCUUCUUUGCCAUUGUUGCUCAAUAUCUUGUGGAAGGGAAGGGAAACGGAACUUUUCCCUUGGAACGAUUCAUCGGAGGACAUCGCAAUGCCCACCAGGCGCUCCUUACUGCAUCUCAACAUGUGGAAUACCAGAUCCCAAAUGAGCAUACAAGGAUUGGAUACCUCCUUUGGGCGCUCCACACAACCGAUCCUGGGCUCCAUGCAACUAUUGCCAACAUUGAGGGCAACGAAGAUCCCAAUGGACCAAGAUAUUCUUUUGAAGAAUGUGCACGAUUGCUCCAACUUGCCGACCCGGUUGCCAAGAAGAACAAGCGCAGUCACGCACAAAUCUCAGAUACUACUGUUACCAUUGAUGAAUCAGCCAACCAAACCAUUGAGAUUGCGUCUCUGCGAUCUGGAAUUGGAAAGACUGGCGUUCAUCUCCGUUUCUACAAGAAAAAGGAGUUCGAUAAGCUCCCUGCAGAGCAAAGAGCUGAGUUGAAAGCUUGGCGAAAAAUAUCGGCUGCUGCUUUUGAAAAGGAGCUGAAACGACGUGUCAAGCAGUACACUGAUGAGGAAGACAAGAAGAAAGGUCUCCAUGAUACUCUUGUCAGCGCACUCAAAACCGUCAAUGCCUCUGGAAAGAUGCCUGCUCCUUCUGCAUCUACUGAUGUCAGUGCUAUUGUUCUUGGCAAGAUCUUGGGAAGAAAGAUUGACUGGUCCCGGCAGAGCCCAAAGUUAUUUCUGCGAUGCAUUGGACUCUGGAGCCGGACAUACCCUGGAAGACGAUGGAUGACACAACCAUUCCAGUGUCCCCGUCAUUCUUUGCGACAAUCGCGGCUGAACUACGAAUUGAUGCUACCAAUGUUGAGCACCCAAUGGAUUCUAGAUCAGAACUUGACUCCCACGCCAAUGUGA